AAAUCUCUAUUUGAAGAAGGAAGAGCAAACCCACAUUCAGCGGCAGUAUCCAAUACUAGCUAAUUACAAGAUAAAGCGAGGGACUUUUAGAGGACGAGAUCACUUCCAGCUACUCCUUCACUUCUUACUCAAUCCUCAUCCAGGUAUGACUUCUCUUUUGCAUGGAUAUUCAAAUUGCAGCAUUUUAUUCAGAAAUAGAGCAAUUUCCUAUGUGGGUAUUUCAACUAUUCCAUUAUUGCACUUGAGUGCUCGAGAUUUCCAAGGAAGAUUAAUUUCAAACAACUUCUAUAGAAGGGUCACAUUCUCUUUUCCAAGAGAAGGAUCCAGGAGAAUGAUGUCAAAGAAAGUUAAAUUUAUUAUCCCUAGAAGUAGCAGCUCCUCAGACUCCAGUAGCAAUGAAGAUGGUUCCUCUGGUCAAGGCAAGCAGACGCCUUUUGGAUACACUAGGAAGGAUGUUUUAUUGAUUGGAGUUGGAGUUACCGUUCUAGGCAUUGGACUGAAAAGUGGGUUGGAGUUUGCUGGAGUGGAUUCUUUACAAGCAGGGAAUGUUGUUCAGUUGGUACUGGUUUUGGGCCUAACAGUUGGAUGGAUUUCAACAUAUAUCUUUAGGGUCUCAAACAAGGAAAUGACAUAUGCUCAACAACUGCGCGACUACGAAAACAAAGUCAUGCAGAAGCGGUUAGAAGGUUUGACAGAAGCAGAAUUAGAAGCAUUGCUUGAACAAGUGGAGGAAGAGAAGAAACGCCUAGCCAAUGGUGAGCAGAUUAAUUGAAUAUGAACUUAGCUCAAUUAAGCUUCAUGUCCAUCAAAAUCCGUGCAUGAUAAUCAAUUAUGUUGCCUACUGGCUACUGCUAUGAGAGAAUCUAUUUACAAAACCCUAAUUUUACCUUCUGAAUAUGAAAUGUACAUAUUUUUGUUAGCGUGUAA